GGGGGGGGGGGGAUUAGUCCCAAAUGUUCACUGGGACCCGGCCGCCAAUGAGGAGGAAGCCCGUUUGGUCAGUGGGAGGAGCCCGGUCUCUCAUCUUGAGCUCAACAUUUAUUCUAACAGGUAGUUUAAAAACCAAACAGGUCCCGAGCAGCAGCUGCACCGACACAUAGUCGCAGACGGAACGAACGAUUCUCUGGUUUUUUUUGUGUGUGUUUUUGUUGUUUUUUUGGAUUAUGCCCGGACGCCUCUCUGCAGCAUGCUGAGCAGGAAGGGCUCUUGCGCGGGGAUGAUGACGGCUGCGGCGGCAGCGGACCGCGGCCGGGUCGGGGAGCGGCUGCAGGCGGCUCUGGCGGGACUGCACGAGCUGCAUCUGCUCAAGGACAGACACAGCGACAUGGUGAGCUGGGCGCUGAAGAUGGACCGCGAGGAGCCGGUGACCUGCGUGCCAGCGGGGCCAGACGAUGCGUGGAUGAUGGGGGCCGAGGAGCUGCGGCUGGAGGCGACGCUCACAUCCCUGAAGCAACAGCUGUCUCGCCUCCGGAAGCAGGACGUCGGCCUGAAGACGCACCUGCAGCAGCUGGACCAGCAGAUCAGCGAGUUGAAGCUCGACGUGAGCAAGGCUUCCAGCGAGCAGCUGGAGAGCGACAGCAGGCCCAGUUCAGGUUUUUACGAGCUCAGCGACGGCGGCUCCUGCUCCCUGUCCAACUCCUGCACCUCCGUGUACAGCGAGUGCCUGUCGUCCUCCCAGACGAGCCUCCUCGUCUGUCCCGUGAGCCCCGCGACCUCCGCCGUCACCCUUUCGUCGCGGGUGGACGUCUGCCGCCGGCGCUCCGCUGACGAGGACGCCACCCAGCCCAGCGCUCCGCGGGCUCCGGGCUUCCAUCUGGGCAGCAGCCGGAUCAGAGCCAGCACUGCCUGUACCGAACAAGCCCGGCAAAGACCUGUAUCAACAGGUGAUCUGGAAAGGGUGAUGGCUCAGGGGCCGAGCUACUGCAAAUCAGCCGAUCCCAAGAAACCCAUGUUGGGCACCAGCCUGAGGACUGCUGCUGUGGAUCCCAGGUUUCAGAGCAACCUGGUGUCCCGCAGCGGCACCGAGGUGUACCACUACCCCAGCCCCCUGCACGCCGUGGCCCUGCAGAGCCCCAUGUUUUACAGCGGAUGUGACCUGGCCUCACCCGACCAUCUAGAGGCACAAGGACCCCCUGUGAGUGAAAGCAGGACCCUGAAUUACAUUGACAAGCUGAUCCAGCGUAGCGUGAGCCGAGUUCUAACGGCCGCAGAGACCCUGCAGACGCACAGUGGCUAUCACAGAAAGGCCACUGAGACUGAAGCCUUGUGUAAAAAAGAGUCGGUGCUGCAGCCUCCUCCAGCCCGGACCACGAACGUCAGUCCAUUAAACGGCGAUGAGAAGAGACGCUGCAUGACGUACUGCAGUCCAGAGCCAGCGGACCACAAGCAGUCGCUGAGAAACCUAGAAUGUCGCUACUCUUAUCCUGUUGCCAUGAGGGAGUACAGCUCUGAUGAGGUCACCACUUCAUCUCUGAAGAAGUCCGAGAAAUACGUCAGCGUGGCCAAAAGUCACCCAGAGAAGAGAUGCGGAAAUGGUCUAGAGUCAAAACCACCAGAGAGGAGGGCGCACAAGCAGAGGUCUGUGGCAGCUCACAGUUCCAGCGCAGAGGAGAGUCAGAGCGUCGAGGUCCAUUCGGGUCACGCGACCUCCCCCGAGUUUGUGCACGCCCAGUUCGUCCCUGCCGGCUCCCGGCGGGUCAAGGUGCGACAGGCCGAUCGUAAAACCAAAGCCGUGAAGCUGAGGAGGAGGAGCGGCGAGAAGACUGGCGCAGCCAAGGGGGAGCAGAGGAGGCCUGCGAAGGGCAGGGGGCUCCACAAGCUGAGCGGCUGCCCCGCGGAGGAGCGCAGGCAGGGCUCGGGCUCAGACUCCAGCCACUGCAGCCCAGGACUCGCACACACGCAGAAGGUCCACCCCAAGAUGCACCCCGUUGCUCCUGCGGCGAGGCCCAGCAAGAGCCGGAGGCCUCAGCACGUGGAGUACCAGCUGCCUGCGGAGCAGAGAAGGAGGAGGCAGGCCUCCGACAAAUGGCCGCCGGAGGUGGAGAUGCUCCAGACCUCCGUUCGGCGUCAGAGGUCUCUGGAGCCGCCCGUUCCGGCACCAGGGAACGCCCACGUGGUCCGGAGCCAGUGGACGAGGCAGCCGCUGCCCUUCCAGAACUCCUUCCUCUACAGCCUGAACGCCAGGUACCCUCCGGCGCCGCUCCGCGCGUCCAGCCGCUACCCGCCGCGCUGCGAGUCCGAGUACUCCGCCGAGUGCGCCUCCCUGUUCCACUCCACCAUCGCCGAGAGCAGCGAGGGCGAGAUGAGCGACAGCACCGCCAACCGCUUCGGCGACGGCGAGUCGGGCCGCAGCUUCCGCUCGCUGUCGGACUCCGACGGCAGCCUGUCCCCGGACGAGUCGGAGGAGCUGGACGUCCGCGGGGGGGAGGGGGGCCUGGUGUGGGCCGACGCCGCCGUGGGCCCCACCGCCGCCGGGAGGACUCCGCAGCAGCUCCCGCGCCCCGAGCCGCCCGCCUGCCGCAUCAAAGCCUCCCGCGCCCUCAAGAAGAAAAUACGGCGGUUCCAGCCUGCUUCCCUGAAGGUCAUGACCCUGGUGUAGCAAUGUGCCCCCAGGCAAAAUGGAAACCUGUUGAAAAAAUACCGUGGGAGCCGCUCAGAUCCAGGAAAAUCUUUCUUUAAUCAUCACGGCGAAGCCACUGCACUAAUUGUUUUAACCUGUUAGACGCGAAACUGUAGAAAAUGGUUCCAUGUGAAACUACGUAUAACACAAUUAUUACACUUAAUUUCUCAAUAUUUAUGUUGCUGUUGUUGCUUUUUAUAUUGCUUGUUGGUGCAUGUAAGCAUUAUAUGAACCUGAGAAAUGAAAGCAGUCUUACAUGUAUUUCAGUUCUUACUGCCAAUCAUUGUUUAUUCGCUGUUAAAUUCUCCAUUUUGCUCAUUGAUAUGACUUUGAUGUUUAUCUUAUUCCAAUAAACUCAUAUUUAAUAUGCA